ACACCAUCAGACGGAGGGAGUGGGGGCAGGGAAGCUUUCAUAGAAAGUCACCGAAGCUCACCUUCAAAACCAGAGGGGAGUUCAGGGUCAACAAGCCCAUCUGCACCCUCCUCCUCUCCUGGGAGCUAAAAGAGAGCACAGAGAAAGCAGCAGCACUGCUGACCUGAGCAGCAUUCCUGGGAAGAUGCAGCCUCUCCUGUUCCUGCUGGCCUUUUUCCUGACUUCUAGGGCAAAGGCAGGGGAGAUCAUCGGGGGACAUGAGGCCAAGCCCCACUCGCGGCCCUAUAUGGCACAUUUGUUGAUUCAGGACGGGGAAGCGAAGACUAAGUGUGGUGGGUUCCUGAUACAAGAGAAGUUUGUGCUGACAGCCGCUCACUGCGGGGGCAGUACCAUCAACGUCACCCUGGGGGCCCACAACAUCAAGAAGCAGGAGAAGACACAGCAGAUCAUCCCCGUGAGAAGAGCCAUCCCCCACCCAGACUAUAAUCCAAAGAACUAUGCCAAUGACAUCAUGUUACUGCAGCUGGCGAAAAAAGCCAAGCUAACUGCAGCUGUGAGGCCCCUGGGCCUGCCCAGGGGCAAGUCCCAGGUGAAGCCAGGACAGGUGUGCAGUGUGGCUGGCUGGGGACAGGUGGCCAAAGGAAGAUACCCAGACACACUGCAGGAGGUAGAGCUGAUCGUGCAGGAGGAUCGGGAGUGCGAAUCCCGCUUCCCCAGACAUUACGACCACAACACUCAGCUGUGCGUGGGAGACCCAAAGGAAAAGAAGGCUUCCUUCAAGGGGGACUCUGGGGGCCCUCUCCUGUGUAACAGUGUGGCCCACGGCAUUGUUUCCUAUGGAAGUAACACUGGGGCACCUCCACGGGUCAAUACUAAAGUGACGAGUUUCCUGCCCUGGAUAAAGAAAAUGAUGAAAGGCCUCUACCUGCAGGAACCAGACUAUUUGCUCUGAAGCUGAUCUAGAAUCACACUGGGAAGGCUAGGAGGGAAGGGGCCAGCAAGCAAAUAAAUGUCUCUGAACGGAGUGUGAAGGGCUAA